AUGGCCGACGCUGCGCCCGGCCAGCCGGCCACCCUCCUGCAGCGCCUAGCCCACACGGAUCCCGUCUUUGCGCGCCUCUUGACGGUUUACUCGUCGCUCACGCCAGCCGUCAUCAGCCAGCGCGACAGCGUCGGCCGCAGCGACAGCAACAACGUCGCCAACAUCCGCGCCGCGCCAGAGCGAUUCGCGCGCGGCUGGGCCGACCUGCUGCCUGACGAGCGCGAACGCGCGGUCGACUUGGUCGUCUCGAGCUUCUGCGACCUCGAGGCGCGCAGUGCACGUGAUUGGACGAUGCUCCCGUACCGCGAGCUCCAAGGCAAGGCCAAGCGCAGCAGAAUUCUGCACCAUCACGACGUCGCCAAGAAGGAGCUCAAGAACCUCCAGCUCAAGGUGGACGAGAUCGUCAGCGCGGCGCCAUCGGCAGCCUCGUUCCGGACCAGCUUCUCGAGCCCCGACGGCGUGACGGCGGCCAAGCUCAAGCGCAUGCAGAAGCGCCCAGUCGACCUCAUCUUGGCCGGCGCCACCGACGCCGCCCAGUCGCCCGAGGACCGCCUCGACAUCUUCACUCGCUGCGUCGGCGACCUCCUAAAGCUUUAUCACGACCAACGACUUCCUCACGUCUCGCACGGGCAGCACCACGCAUACCUGGACGUCGCUCGCGACACGCUCCUCAGCCGGUCGGAGGCGACGUCUUUCCUCGAACAUCUCCCUCCCGAUCGCCAGCGAAACGCCACGCGCCUCGCACGAAACUGCCUCUACUCGGCAUGCUCGGCGCGCAUGUCGGGCACCGAGCUUCCCCUGCUGCGAGAUCUUAUCAGUGAUCUCUGCAGCGCCGUCAUAGUCGACAUCGACCCGAGCACGAUCCGGCCGCCGUUGCUGCCCCGCUCGGACCUGCCCGCCGGCCCCGGCCUCGCGACCAACUCGUCACCCUUUCACGGCGCCGACCCGACCGCGCCCCAGUUCUAG